UCCAGUCAGUCAUGCAGCAGCACCUGUGGGAGGGACAGAUCUGUUCGGACUCCCGCUCUAACGACUGUCGCGGACUGUCGCGGACUAUCGUUCGCUGUGGCACAAUAGUAUUCUUGUGUGGGAUGUUGAAUGACUUUGGAGAGAGACGGAGACAAAUUUAUCAAACAGCCUCUGUUCAACACAUAUUCUAAUCUGGAGAUCCUAAAGAUAACAGGAAGGAAGUGAGGGCAUGGCAGCUCGUGUGGACGUGGACUCUGGUGAGGUGGGCCAAGCAGGAGAUGCAGGUGUCAAGCCUGAGCCUGGCCCCAAACCUUGCCUGAUUCCCAAACCCUUCUCACUGCAGAGGAACACCACAUUCCGCUCCAUCCUAGCCCCAAAGACACUCACAACGACUCCACAGCCGUCUCAGACCAUGCCCACUACAUCCAGCAAACCAGAGCCUUGUCAGCCUAUCAGUGCCCCUGUGUCUGACUCAAGCAGCGCUGUGAAACUUGAUAGAGAGAGCACCACGAUACCUGAACUGACCAAUGCUCUCGAAGCUCCUUCAGCCAUAACACCCCAAACUGACUCGACCCACACCACUGAACAAAACCAAACUGCUCUUUCCACAUCCCUUACUACCCCAACAUCUGAGCCACCAGCUAGUACCACAUCUGACCCAACUGGAACCUCAGAGGCAAAUCAAGUCAGUCUAUCUGAACUGGAUGAACAUGGCGACUCUGAUACAGGCCACUCCACCACUGGAACUGAGGCUGUACCAUCACCAUCGGUCACCUCAACUCCUCUUCAACCGCAGUCUGAAAACACUGUGAGUGAGCCCACCCCUGCGGUCGUCAGGCGCCACUCUGGGAAGGAUCAGGCAGCCCGCUGGGGAGGAGGCAGGAAGCGGCUGUCCAUGGAGCUCACCUCCAGGUUUGAGUCGGCCGGCCUCUCACUCUCCUCACAGCCACCAGCUAAACAAGAAUGGGAACAGGUGACCAAGAGAGAGACUGCAGUCCCCAAAGUGUCAGUCCUCAGGGCCAAAGAGGAGGAGAAGGUCACUGAUUCACCAGGGUCAUCAUCUGACCCGGAGCACUCAGCACCACUGAAGGAAGAGAGGGAUGGAGAAGGGGUGAAGGAGGAAGGAGUAAAGAAAGGGAGCAGCAUACAACGGAGGAUCAGUCUGCUACUGGACUCCUCCUUGAAGCCAGAGGCUCUGACCAAGAGGGAGGAAGUACCUUGUCCAAUGAAACAAGCAGACAGUUCUGUAGGUGUGAAACAGCGAAUCAAAGACUGGGCAGCAGACACACCUCCUGUUCAGGCAUCCAAUCAGAGGGUGGAUGUUGCCCCUCAACCAUUCCCUGUCAGAGUUCACCCUGUGUUGAGUGUCACUGGGGGGUCGUUGGCGACAAGCAAAAGCGUUCAGCUAGCUCCUCGAGAGGACAAGGCUUCCACCCUACUUCGCUCAGGACAUUUUGGGAUAGAGGAUGAGGAGGAUGAAGAUGAAGAUGAGGAAGAGGAGGAGGGAGAGGAGGAGGAGGUACCACUCUACAAAACAGUAGGGAGACUUCUUGGACAGGAAGAUGGAGGGACACAACAGGAGCUAGUGGUUGAUCAAAUAGGGAACGAGAUGGAGGCUAAGGUGAAAGAGGAGGAAAAACUUGCAGAAGUGGAAAAAUUAAAACAGCUGGAGGUAGAAGAGAGACAGGCAGAGGAGAGGGAGAGAGAAAGACAAAAGGAACUGGAGAAUCAAAAGGAAAGGGAGAGACAGAAUGAGGAAGAAGAUAGAAAGAGGAAAGAAGAGGAGUGGAGAGAAAGGCAAAGAGAAAUGGAGAGGGAAAUGGAGAGACAGAGACAGAGAGAGGAGGAGAGGGAUAGGGAGAGACAGAGAGAUGAAGAAGAGAGAGAGAGAAAGAGGAAAGAAGAGGAGAAGGAGCAAGAAAAACAGAUAGAACUUGAGAAGGAAAGGGAGAGACAGAGAGAGGAGGAAAAGAGGGAGAGAAAGAGGAAAGAAGAGGAGAAAGAGAGAGAAAGACUGAUAGAACUUGAGAAGGAAAGGGAGAGACAGAGAGAGGAGGAAGAGAGGGAGAGAAAGAGGAAAGAAGAGGAGAAAGAGAGAGAAAGACUGAUAGAACUUGAGAGGGAAAAGGAGAGACAGAGAGAGGAAGAAGUGAGGGAGAGAAAGAGGAAAGAAGAGGAGAAAGAGAGAGAAAGACUGAUAGAACUUGAGAAUAAAAGGGAGAGACAGAGAGAGGAGGAAAAGACGGAGAGAAAGAGGAAAGAAGAGGCGAAAGAGAGAGAAAGACUGAUAGAACUUGAGAAGGAAAGGGAGAGACAGAGAGAGGACAACGAGAGGGAGAUAAAGAGGAAAGAAGAGGAGGAGAGAGAAAAACAGAUAGAACUUGAGAGGGAAAAGGAGAGACGGAGAGAGGAGGAAGAGAGGGAGAGAAAGAGGAAAGAAGAGGAGGAGAGAGAAAAACUGAUAGAACUUGAGAGGGAAAAGGAGAGACAGAGAGAGGAAGAAGUGAGGGAGAGAAAGAGGAAAGAAGAGGAGAAAGAGAGAGAAAGACUGAUAGAACUUGAGAAGAAAAGGGAGAGACAGAGAGAGGAGGAAAAGAGGGAGAGAAAGAGGAAAGAAGAGGCGAAAGAGAGAGAAAGACUGAUAGAACUUGAGAAGGAAAGGGAGAGACAGAGAGAGGAGAACGAGAGGGAGAGAAAGAGGAAAGAAGAGGCGAAAGAGAGAGAAAGACUGAUGGAACUUGAGAAGGAAAGGGAGAGACAGAGAGAGGAGAACGAGAGGGAGAGAAAGAGGAAAGAAGAGGGGGAGAGAGAAAAACAGAUAGAACUUGAGAAGGAAAGGGAGAGACAGAGAAAGGAGAACGAGAGGGAGAGAAGGAGGAAAGAAGAGGACAGGGAGAGAGAAAGACAAAUAGAACUUGAGAGGGAAAAGGAGACACAGAGAGAGGAAGAGAGAGAUAGGAAAGAGGAGGAGGGAGAAAGACAGAGAGAAGUGGAGAGGGAAAGGGAGAGACAGAAAAAGGAAGAAGAGAGAAAGAGCAAAGAAGAGGAGAUGAGAGAAAGACAAAGAGAACUGGAGAUGGAAAGGGAG